CCAGCCAAGAAUAAUGAAAUUUAGCCUCAGUUUGUUCUCUUUUUCAGAACAUUGCAGCCCAAAAAAGUUGCUCUCCUUUCUCUUGCUUCCUUUCCUUCUCUCUUACCUCGCAAGUUUUCUCUGCCUCUCCAUCCAUGGCCGCUGCCCUGCUGCUCUUGCUCACUGUGCCCAUGCUUGGUGUUUCAGAUGCUGCUUGGUGUGUUUGCAGGUCUGAUGCGAGCUCAACCGCACUGCAAAAGACACUGGACUAUGCUUGUGGAGCUGGGGCUGACUGCAGCCCUAUUUUGCAAGUUGGGACAUGCUACAACCCUAACACAGUGCUCGCCCAUUGCUCUUAUGCUACCAACAGCUACUACCAGAGGAAUGGACAGGCACAGACAGCCUGUGACUUCUCAGGAACAGCCACCCUCACCUCCUCAGAUCCAAGUGCAAGUGGCUGUGUCUAUCCUGCAACUGCUAGUGCGGCAGGAACCUCAAGCACACCGACAACUACAAUCUCUCCGCCAAGUUCACUAACACCAAGCACCUUCACCCCGACGACAACCAACACUACAAAUGGAGUUCUCGGAGGAAUAGGCCCAACGGGAACAAGCAACGGAAUCGACACUAGCCACGGGAGUUCGCUUCGAAAGGCAGGGAGAUGGUCUCUCUUAACUCAAAUUCUUCUUCUUCCAACCUUGACUUUGAUGCUGAAGCUAUGCUAGUUUGGGAAAGCGAUUUUGAGGCAAAAAACAAUCACCGACUUAGAGUGGUUGAGGUUGUACCAGAUGCAUGUAAUGACAACUUUGGAUGGUGAUUAUAAAUGGAAGAACAUCACCCACUAGCAUUCAUUGUGUAAUGGCAAGGCUGAAGAGGAUGUGAAGAUUCCGUGUUUGGUUGGUAUGGAUUGGUAGGAAGGAUGUCUCUUUUGCUCAUGGACCUUUAUCUUUAGUUUGCUUGCUGGUAUCCUUAUUCUGUCAAAGUAGUAGAUUGAUCACUGGACCAGACAGUGUUUUCCCUUGUUCUUCAUUAAACCAGGUUCUAUAUUUCAUUGAA